AUGGUAGUGCCUACAAUGUACUGCACGAGCAAAUACCAUUCCAUGAGCGGAGAGCGCGAGGAGCGGCCAAUGCAGCUGUACUACAGAACGGACGACUGGCUCAAGCACCAACCGCUUAUCUUCGAUACAGAAUUCAAGGAGCGCUUCGGAGAAAUAUGGCCGCGGUUUCUCAAGAAGAAGGGCGUGUCGGUGGCAGAAUACGGGCCGUGGAACAGCACGAAUCGCGUGGCGAAGGAGGCGGCUCGGGCGACGCUGUUGGUUCGGCGGUUGCGGGACGAUGAGUACGCGUACCAAAUCUGCCAGCAGGAGGAGAAUCAGAAGCGGCUGGGGCGGAAUUACAAGUUGCUGAGGCGAUCGCAGUCGCUGGUUCGCGUGGCGAAUCAAAUUUCAGCGUCCAUGGGAUGGUACUACGUGGCGGUGCAUGUGAGGCGAGGCGACAAGGUGGCUGAUGAGAACCGAGAGUUCUGGCCAAAUCUGGACCGAGACACUCGACCUGACGCCCUUCUCAAGACCCUCCCCAAGCUCAUAGCGCCGGGGCGCCACGUGUACAUAGCGUCGAACGAGCGCACGCCGGGCUUCUUUUCCCCGCUCGCCUCGCUCUACAAGAUCCACGUGCUCUCCGACUACCGCCACCUCUGGGCGCCCGGCAGUGACUGGUACAACGACUGUCAUAAGGUCAUGCAGCAACUCAAGAUGAACGAGACGGAGCCGGUCUUUGAUGCACACAUGCAGUGGAUGGUGGAUGAGAUUGUGAUGAAGAAUGCUCGUAAACUCCGCGGGUGCGUGAUUUGGAUGACAGGGCUGAGCGGCGCGGGCAAGAGCACGUUGGCGUACACUCUCGAGCACGCGCUCAUGGAGCGGCGCCGCAUGGCCGUGGUGCUGGACGGAGAUAACAUACGGCACGGCCUGAAUAAGAACCUCGGAUUCAGUGCUGCGGAUAGAGAGGAGAACAUCCGCCGAGUAGCCGAGGUGGCAAAGCUAUUUGCUGACUCGGGUGUGGUUACAAUCGUCAGCUUCAUCUCGCCCUACAGCAAGGAUCGGGCGGCUGCACGGGCGUUGCUGGACCCAGGGACGUUCAUCGAGGUGUUCAUGAAGAUACCCCUGGCUGUGUGCGAGCACCGGGAUCCCAAGGGACUCUACAAGAAGGCCCGAGCUGGCAUCAUCAAGGGCUUCACGG